AUGGAGGCCGCUGAAACCGACACAAUAUACGACGUUGAAGGCACUGAGAUCACCACGGACGUCAAGACACACCCUCCAUUGCCGUCUGUGACAUGGGUAAUUACCGAGAAGCUUAAGGAAACUUCUUUUUUUAGAACCCAGAAACAAAUGGAUAAAGGCUUUAGUCCUCUAUAUACUGCCGCUAAAUUCCUCUGCUACCCUAAGGAUGACCCAGCUAAAACGCCGGCUUUUUUACGAGUCUAUCAGCAGAUCCCUAUCACUGGAACCCAGCACUCGAAGUCAAAAACUCGAGCGAACCAGGCCAUUCCGAAAAAAGUGGUAAAUGAGUUAGUAUUAUUGAAGGAACUUGAAGAGAACUGCUGUGAGGUUGUUCCUAAGCUUGUUGGCUACCAAGAAACACAGAAACACAGCAAGAAUCUGACGAUAUCAUUCCCUCGGGCUUUAUUACCUACGUUAUCUGGGAGAAGGUUCCUGGGGAGCCUCUAUCUGAGGAAUAUUUCUAGAGCCAGAGGCUUGAAGUCCGCGAUGCUAUCCGCAAAGAAUUCCGUCGAGUUUAUAAGUAAGUUCAUACUCUAUCUUCACCGAACUUAUAGAGUUAACAUAUCCGUAAGACAGCUUAUGUCGUACGGUAUCCAGCCAGUCCCUACUGCCGCAAGGAAGCUUAUCUAUGAUGAGUCGACCGAAAAUAUGCAUAUCUCAGGUUUCAGAAUGGGUGGCCCUAUGGAUAACAACGAUAAAUGGUCUGAUGUUAACUACUUCUUGUACGGACUGGCCAAUCCAUCUAGCAAGAUGGAUUGGAACCUCGAUAGCAGUGAGUGGGAGUUCUGA